AUGUUGGGGGCCAGCAGGGAGCGGAGUCCUAAGCCGCGGGGCGAGGGGAUGCAGGUGACGCGGGUGCGGAAGGGCGGCUGCCUCCGCGCCACCGGCGAGGAGUACUGCAACGGCGCCGGGCUCUGGGUCAAGCUCACCAAGGAGCAGCUGGAGGAGUACGGGAGCAGCCGUGACCUGGGUGAGGGCUGGCUCCUGGCUCAGAGGUUUGGAGAGGGAGGAGACAAGUUGGUCCCGGUCGACUCCGUGGAGAAGAUCCAGUGGCAGCACCAAACGCUGGGGGUCGAUUAUAAGCCCGCGGUCAGCUGGGAACAAGUGGUGGACCUGACCUACUCCAUGCGCCUGGGAGAGAAGCCCAGACUCGCAGAGCAGGAUGAGGCCGCGGUGCAGAAGUUUCGGUAUGAGUGGUCUGUGCCCCCGGGCUGGAGCUACGAGCAUGACAUGGAGCUGGGGCGCUUCCUGUAUGAUCACAGCGAGAGGGAACUGCAGUAUGGGGACUGCACCAAGGAGCAUCUCAGCAGUGUCGAGGUCUCCUCGCAGGCGGAGGAUGGCAGCGCAGCCCAUCUGACGGACAACCAGACAUACACCUUCUGGGAGAGCAACGGGCCACCGGGGCAGCACUGGGUGCGGCUCAACAUGAAGAAAGGCACCAUUGUCAAGAACAGCUUCCAGGAUGUCUGCAUCCUCCGCGACAUGAAGAUCCAUUUGCCGGUGCUGGAGAUCCGCAUCCUGGAGUGCCGGGACCAAGGGUACAAUGUCCGCCUGCGAGGGAUUAAGUUCAAGUCCUUCUGGGAGCGGGACCUGAUCCUCAAUGCUGACAUGUUCCAGCCAGCCCGGCUGGUGCGCUACCCUCUCCUGGAAGGGGUGAACAGAGAUGUGCUGUACCGGCGGGCUGUGGUCAUUCAGAGGUUUGUCCAGCUCCUGGACAGUGUCCUGUGUUACCUGAUCCCCCUCUCUGAGGACAGCGUUGGCACCUUCAAUGCACUCAGGAGCAUGAAGCCGUUCUUGCUGCUGUCCAAGCAGAGCACAGCCCUCAUCACCCACUGUCUCCAGUCCUCGGAGAGCACCCCGCCUCACACCCUGCCAAAGCUGUACAUCAACCGGCACCUGGCCCGGGAGCACCGCAGCAAUCCUGCACUGGACCCCAGCUGCAGGAACACCGUCUUCACCCAGCUGUACGAAGGGCUCAGAUCUUCCAAGAACAAUCAGCCCCUGGACUACAGGUGGCCCCUGAGCUACAGCCAGUGGUGGGAGUGCGAGUUCAUCACCGAGGGCGUCAUUGACAAUGGCGGCGGUUUUCGGGACAGCCUGUCGGAUAUUUCAGAGGAGCUGUGUCCCAGCUCAGGCGAUGUUGCUGUGCCCCUACCCUUCUUCGUGCGCACCUCCAAUAAGGGUAACAGCGGCAGCGACACCAGGGACUUGUACGUUCCCAACCCCUCCUGCAGGGACUUCCCCAAGUAUGAGUGGAUCGGGCAGCUGAUGGGAGCAGCCCUGAGGAGCAAGGAGUUUCUGAUCCUGGCUUUGCCGGCGCUGGUGUGGAAGCAGCUGGCAGGGGAGGAGGUCAGCUGGAGCAAGGACUUUGCCACCGUGGACUCAGAGCUGGUGAAGCUGCUAGAGGUGCUGGAGGGGGUGGACAGGGAAGCCUUUGAGUUCAUGUUUGGCAGAGAGCUGACCUACACGAUAGUGCGGAGUGACCAGCGCGUUGUGGAGCUGAUCCCCAAUGGCAGCAGCACCGUGGUGUGCUACGAGGACCGCAAGGAGUUCAUCCGCCUGGUGCAGAGGGCUCGGCUGGAGGAGAGCAAGGAGCAGAUCGCAGCCAUGCGUGCUGGGUUGCUCAGUGUGGUACCUCAGCCUGUGCUGGACCUGCUCACCUGGCAGCAGCUGGAGAAGAAAGUCUGUGGGAACCCUGAGAUCACAGUGGCUGAACUGCGGAGGUUUAUCACGUUUGAGGACUUUCCCUCUGAUGACACCCGUAUCCAGAACUUCUUGGAGGCGCUCGAUAACUUCACCAGUGAGGAUCUCAGCCGCUUCCUCAAGUUCGUCACUGGCCGGAGCCGCCUCCCAGUUCAGAUCACUGUCUACCCAGAAAGGGAGAACUUGAACGCGUUGGACCUGAUGCCACAGGCCUCCACGUGCUCCUGCAGCUUCUACUUGCCCAACUAUUCCUCGGCCAAGGCCUGUGAGGAGCUGCUGCGAUACGCCGUGUACAACUGCAUGUCCAUCGACACCGACAGGAACCCCUGGGAUGAAUGA